AUGGCACCGGCAGCUCCUCUUGCCAUUGCGACCUCUUCCGUUCACCGACUUGUCAAAGAAGAAGCUUCGUAUCACCGAGAGUUGGAGCAACAGACAAAACGUCUGCAAAAGCUUGAGUCAGAGAGCGCUGCUGGCGAUGAUGAAGGCAAUAGCGAGUUCCUGCUGAAACAAGAGCGGCAAGCCGUGGAGGAAACCAAAGCCAUCCUCCCAACCUUGAAGGAGAAGAUUUCCGAUGCUGUUGCAAAGCUGGAACGGCUCAUUGUCGAGGAGGGUCAAAAAGGAUCUGAGAGCAAUGUAGAGCAGCUGACCGCUGCUAAAGAGGCGGUAUCUCAGGCAAAAACAGCGCUUCGUGAGAUUGCUUAA